UAGUUUGAGAGGUUUGUUUUGUUGUGGUCGAUAUCGGGACUAGCUUUUAAAUUUGGUUGUGUAAUUACUGGAUCAAUUGCCACCGGGACCUGCUUAAAUAAUAAAAUUUUUCGACCCACAAAUCAAUAAACAUCUCCAAGAGGAACACCUUUAUGCCAUGUUCCAACUUUUCCUGUAACAAGAGGAAUCAAUAUUUUAAUUUUUUAUGUAGUGUUAAGGCCUUUUUAAUAAUGACUUCGGCUUUAUAUCUAGAACAUUAUUUAGACAGUUUAGAACACUUACCGAUAGAAUUGCAAAGAAACUUUACCCUAAUGAGGGAUCUAGACACAAGAGCUCAGGCUGUAAUGCGCAACAUUGACCAAAUGGCAGAUGAAUUUAUGACUAAUCUCAAAUCUAUGAGUAGUGAAAAGAAGAAAGAGAAGAUGAGCGAGAUUCAGCAACAAUACAAUAAAGCAAAGGAAUAUGGUGAUGAUAAAGUGCAGCUGGCCAUACAGACUUAUGAACUGGUUGAUAAGCAUAUAAGAAGAUUAGAUUCAGAUUUGGCUAGGUUCGAAUCUGAAAUCCAUGACAAAGUUCUUACUACGACUAGAACUCAAGAGGAGCAGAUAGCAACAAAGCGUGGAAGGAAAAAGACUAAGGAGAAGGAGAAGAAAAAAAAAGCCGCAUCGUCUGAAGAGGAUACAGCUGUCAAAGCUGCUGCCAAGAGGAAAAAGAAAACCAUCGGUAGCGGAGGAGCAUCCGCGAGACAGACGAAGGAGGAGGAAUCGCCAGGGCUCGGGACGGAAGUGCUGGACAUGCCCGUGGACCCCAACGAGCCCACCUACUGCCUCUGCCACCAGGUCUCUUAUGGCGAGAUGAUCGGCUGUGACAAUCCUGACUGCCCAAUAGAGUGGUUUCACUUUGCCUGUGUUGGGCUGACUACCAAACCAAAGGGGAAGUGGUUCUGCCCAAAGUGUACCGCCGAUCGGAAGAAGAAAUAACCAUUGUUAUAUUUAUUUUUUCAUCUGUACAUAGUAUCUUUUAUCCCUCCUAAAUCAUAUUGUAAAAAAAUAGAUUUUUUUUACCAUCU